UGGUUUCCGUUCAACGAGACGAAAUAGUAGUGACGACACCAACACUUAUUUAUCCCUGGCAUUACCGUUCUGUUUUACGAAGAAGUAUUUGGAGUUAAUUGUCUUUUGUUUCGAUUACCGUUUUAUUUAGGCUUUUGCCAGUGUAUUGAUUCCCUUAAUUGUCUCCCUUCGCAGGGAAAUCAGAGAGGAGCCAUGUACAACGGCAUUGGCCUGACCACGCCGCGAGGCAGUGGCACCAACGGCUAUGUCCAGCGCAACCUUUCGAGCGUGCGGGCCAAGCGCCCAAGGGAUGAACGUGGCGGUGAGCGGGAUGAGAAGGACCGCGAGAGGCUGGAGAGCCAGCUGAACCGGCAGCCCAACGCAGAGAUUCUGGAGCACCAAAGGAAGAGGCAGCUUGAGGUUAAGUGCGCCGAGCUGCAGGACAUGAUGGAGGAACAAGGGUACUCAGCUGAGGAGAUCGAGGAGAAGGUAAACAGCUUCCGCAUGAUGCUACAGGAGAAGCAGGAACCGCCUGCGGCCCCUGCCGAGAGACCAUUGGCAACAGAGACCCACGCCCUGGCUGCAGCCAAUCAACAGAAGAAUGACCGUCUGCGGGCAGCGUUCGGCAUCGCCACGGACUACGUCGAUGGCUCCUCCUUUCACCCUGAGCGUAAGGAGCGUGAGAAGGAGAAACGGGAGCAGGAGAGGCUGGAGAGGGAGAAGCAGCAACAUCAGCAGAAAUACGUGCUGGUGGAAGAGUCAGAGGAUUCAGACUCCCUGCCCAGAAAACAGAGCCGCAAGAAAAAGAGGAAGAAAAAUAAGAACCGAGACAGCUCGGAGAGUCCCUCCCCCUCACCUCGAAGAGAAAAGAAAACAAAAAAGAGCAGAAGGGACGGGUCAGCAGAAAAAGACGACGAAGACAGCUCUUCAAAUGAAAAGCAGGUUUCUAAGAAAAAACGCCGGAGAAGUGAAAAGGACACUCCGCCCCAGAGGAGCCCCCGGCGUCACCGGAGUGGGUCAUCCAGCUCCACUCACAGCCAAUCCCCUGCGGCACUGAGAGAGAGGCAGCAGAACCAACCAGUCAGAAGAGCCGAGGAAGGGAGGAAGGGUCGCUCUCCGGACAGACGAGGGCAUGGUCGCAAAGAGGAGGAAAGUCUUCUACGGACGGGAGGCCUAGAGAGAUCCCCCAGGCAACCCAGCUCCCCAGAACACCACCCCAGGGCAGACAAAGAGCGAGAGAAGGAACAUCAGAAAGAGCGAGAGAAGGAACAUCAGAAAGAGCGAGAGAAGGAACAUCAGAAAGAGCGAGAGAAGGAACAUCAGAAAGAGCGAGAGAAGGAACAUCAGAAAGAGCGAGAGAAGGAACAUCAGAAAGAGAGACCAAAAGAGAGGGAGCGAGAGAAGGAGAAGCCAACGAGAAGGAGACAUGACUCCUCCUCCCCCUCUCCUCCCCCUCCCUCUCGAACAGACCGCGAGAAAGCCAGACACUCGGGAAGUGGCGAGCGGGGGAAGGAGAGAGCGGUGCCAUCUAGGAGCCGACACGACUCCUCUUUGUCCCCCUCUCCUCACCCAAAACAGCCCCAGCCAGCAAGAAGGAGCCGAGAGAAGGACAAACCACAAAGACGAGACUCUUCUUCUCUGUCUCCUGAAAGAGAACGAGCUAGAAGAGGGCGGAGCGGAGAGGGUGAGCGAGGGAAGGAACGAAAUGUGUCCCCGAGAGCACACGGAGACCGGGAAAGAGGGAGGGAUGCAUCUCCCCCGAGUCGGAAAAACGACAGAGGGAGGGGUAGAAACUCACCCCGCGACUUUUCCGCCACGCACUCCCCGCUCACCAACGGACGGCCGAAGGAACGGGAGCGCGAGGCACGGCGGGACAAGGAGCCGGAGGAGAGGGGCAGGGAGAGGGAGUUGAACAAGGAGCGAGAAAAACAGGAUGAGCGGAGAAAGCGAGAGAGUGAACGUGAGAAGGAGCGUGACAGGGAGAAGUCUGGCAGACAGCCAGCUUCCAGCCCGCAACGUCUGACCAGCCUGCCAUCUGAGGACCGGCAUGCCGAGGUUGACCGUGAGAGAAGGGACCGGGAGAAGGACAGGAGAGACCGUCAAAUGGAGGAGGAGAAGAGGCGGGUGACCCAAGAUCGUAGCUUAGAGAAGGAGCGUGAGAAGGAGCUGGAGAGGGCAAAGGAAAAAGAGAAGGAGAAACUGAAAAUGAAAAAGGCUAAGGAGAGCAGUAGUAGUAGCAGCGGGAGUGACAGCGACAGCUCCUCCUCCUCUUCGUCAACGUCCUCUUCAUCAUACUCUUCGUCAUCGUCAUCCUCCUCCUCUGACGACGAAGAGAAGCAAAUGGCGGCGGAGAAGAACGUUCCGAUCCAAAAAGACCCCCCCUCUCUCAUCUCCCCUCCUGCCGUUGGUGCCGCCAUCCAGAGGUAUCUGGCCAAUGGCGGGCGCGAGAGCGCCUCAGAGAGUGAUGGACAGAGGGCAAUGGGGCGGGACAAGGACCGAGAUAGAACUGGGGGAGCGCCGGACAGGUACGCAUCACCUGAGAGGGAAACCUUGCCCCCCGCUCCCCAGAGAGCUGCCAACACUAACCGCAACCCCACAGACAGAGAGCGGGGCCAGGAGAGAUACAGCCCCACGGAAGUGGAAAGCCCCAGCCCUCCGCGUUCUUCUCCCAGAAGAGGAGCACCCCGGAGCGGAGGCGAGCGUUACUCCCCCACCGAGGCAGACGUUGAGAGGGAGCGUGAGAAGGAGGGAGGCUCAAGGAACCGGAGGCCAGACAGGCAAAGUCCCUUGGGAGAGCGGGAGAGGAGACGGGCGCCCUCCCCGAAAGCCCCUGCGACCACCUCAGCGGUUGCCCCGCGGCGCUUGCCCUCCCCGCCUCGCCGUACCCCACCGCGGCAGUACCAGGACCCCCCCCGCUCUUCCCCCAGCCCCCGGCGACAAGCUGCCCCACGGAGGGGUUCCCCUCUCUCUCGCUCCUCCCCCCGCCAUAGUGGCUCCCGUCGGAGCCGCAGCCGGGAGUUGGAGCGUAACCGGGAAAGAGAGAGGGACAGAGGAAAAGAUCGUUCCAGGGACAGGGGGGCCCGUAGGAGCAGGUCCAGAAGUCCCAGGAGACGCAGCCCCCCUCAUAGGUCCCGGCGUUCACCCUCUCCCGUCCGCCGGAGGAGAAGCAGCCGCUCACUGUCCAGGGAAAGGCAGAGGGACCAGGACCGGCAAAAGAACCGCGAGUUGGAUAGAGCACGGGACAAAGUGAGGGAGCGCGAGAGAGAGCAAGAGAGGCUGGAUCGCAAACCCGCUAAAGAGGUCCCCCCACCGCGUCGUUCGACCUCCUCUUCUUCCUCCUCCAGUUCGUCCUCUUCCUCCUCCUCCUCCUCCUCCUCCCCCUCUCCGGCCAGGGAAAGGAAGGAAUCACCCACUGACCAAGGGCUGAAAUCAGCAUCAGGGAAAGACGGAGGAAGCGACCGAGGGAAAGACGGAGGAAGCGACCGAGGGAAAGACGGAGGAAGCGACCGAGGGAAAGACGGAGGAAGCGACCGAGGGAAAGACGGAGGAAGCGACCGAGGGAAAGACGGAGGAAGCGACCGAGGGAGAGACGGAGGAAGCGACCGAGGGAGAGACGGAGGAAGCGACCGAGGGAGAGACGGAGGAAGCGACCGAGGGAGAGACGGAGGAAGCGACCGAGGGAGAAAGGCUUGUUCCUCCCCCUCGCCUCUUCCAUCCAAAGAGACCUGUCCCCUCCCCAGCCAAUCGGAAAGCAGAGCACCGCCCAAAGAGUCUCGACAUGCUGACCAGGCACGUUCCAGGUCGCCACUCAGCCAUUCGGAGAGCAGAGUCUCAGUAAGAGGCAGCUCCCGGACCCAAUCGCCUGCAGCUGUCCUGUCACGGGCAGCAGCCCACUCCACAGACCAGCCAAUCAGGACGGAAAAUGGAGUGAGUGACAAGGGGACAAAAGAUAACCUGAAAGGGAAGGCGGGCAGCCCCAGCUCUUCAUCAUCCUCCUCUUCCUCCUCCUCCUCUUCAUCCUCAUCUUCAUCAGACAGUUCUGACUCCGAGGCAGAGCAAGGAAAGGGAGACACCAGAGUAGUGAAGACAACUGCUUCCCAAAGCUCUUCCUCAUCAUCAUCCUCUUCUGAAAGUGAGAAGGAAGAGAAAAAGAGCCCGGUGCGUCCUCGCAGGCUGCCUGCUGAUUCGCUGAGAGACUCCCGCUCCCCCAGCUACUCUCCACCCCGCCAGCGGCGACCUGCACAUUCUCCGCCUGCCCGCAGGAGUGGCAGCAGACGGUCCCCAAGCCGAUCGCCAAGCAGUAAGAGAAGAAAAUGAUCCAUAAUGUCUCAAAUUUAACUGGCCCCCCAAAUCCUCUGUGGUUUUUCCACUUCUGUGCUGGUUUGAACUGGACUUUAUUGAGGGGGAAGGUGAAGACAUUUUGAUCUGUGAAUUGCAGAGCUGAAGGAAGCUCUGUUGUUAAUUUCCGUGGCACGACGAUAGCACCCACGGGAGGAACGCAUAGGCAGGAUUUGAAACCCAACCAAGACCAAAUGGUCUGCUUUUAGACAUGGGUUUCUGUACAUUUUGUUUUAUGGUGUACUGUAAGGAAGAAAAUUAACUGUAAAUGGUAGUUGGGAGACAGUGACAAGCAGGUUGAGCACAGCAACAUCUGUGCAGAUCGAUCGAUAGAACCUGGACUCAAAACACACUGAGUCCUUGGAAAUGAAAUUCUCUAAAUGGCAGUUACGUUCAUUGUGCUUAUUCUGCUCCUCUGUAUUUGCGCAUUCAACUUGUAGAUAUGACCCAUCUUCUGUAUUUUGUUUAUCACAGAAUGGAUUACGUGCCGUUUCAAUGUAUGUUGAUUAGAAACUGCAACUCUUGGUUUGUUUCUCUCUUUGUGAAAAUAAUGAAUGAUAAUAAAAAGCUGUUGUAUCUUCA